AUGCCACCGCCAGGCUAUACAACAGACGAGUUUCGCGACUUGGCCAGAAGACACUUGUGCGAAGACAAGACCUUCGCGUCUCCAUUUCUUUCGUUAACGCAGAAUCCCGCUAGAGCGUUAAAUAUUAUCGCAACGGAUGAGCGGACCCGGAGAGGACUAGCAAUCGUGGACUACAACGAUCUAGAAGAGAAGAUCAAGCAGACAUUCGGAGAAGAAGACGGCCUUUGGCUUGUCCCCGAUGUCUAUGAUGCUCACAAAUUGAACAACCUCACUAGAAUCCAUGACGAUCGCUCUGCAAAGCCUAAACCGGGGAAUCAGAAGGACUACACUGGAACGGGGGAGUUUUUAGCAUGGGCUGCUGUCGAGAUCGAACCGAUUGCGAUCUUACAUCAUCGAGAAGCUCUACGACUUUAUACUAUGCUUUCACCAGGAAAUUCUCUCAACAAAGUCCGAGACAUUUACCGGGGUGUCGUGGCGUAUCAACUCCUCCGCAGCUUUAAAGUGGAUGGAUAUCUUCAAGGUAGUAGAGGGGCCAAUUUCGACGAAUUCAUUCGUGGUAUAUACGGCGAGAGACGGCAGCUCGACCAGAUAGCCCCCAGCCCUCUACUCCCUUGUAAUGAAAAGGACUGGGCAGAUGUUCCAACAGAUGAUACGGCGUCAAUACAAAGCAAACCAUCAACCAAAACACGGCAGUCUUAUGUGUUGGUCAAAAAAGCUAAGAUCACGGUCGAGAUACCGUCCAAGACCUCAAAAUCAUUCUUACUUUCGAAGUCAAUUUCAUCUUCAGACUCGACAAGGGUCCAACAGCAAGAAGACUCACGGCAACUUAAUCAACCAGCCGACACAGGAAUUCAACAUGGCGAUACCGAUGAGGAGGCGGAGAAAACCGAACAGGUCACUCAGAACUCGGAUGUGACCAGGCAAUCGUCCCCCUGCCCAGAAAUGGAUUUCUUCAUGGAGGAACUACUUGAGCACGCAAACAUCCCCAGCCCGACGCCGCCGCCGCCACGUCCUCCAGUUGCAGCGACGCCUAAGAGGCAGCUGUCUACAGUCUUUCCAGGCUCUCCCGCAGGCGCUGUCCCCAUCAAGGCAUCAGCCAUGACAGCAAUCGACCUAACAGUUGAGGACGACAAUGAUGGUGGAAGGCAUAACGCGGCAUCGCGACGGCAGAAAGUCAGAGCUCCUGAAACCUCAUCGGAGGUCACUCAGGUAAGACCAACUACAAGAACCACAGCAAAAGCAAAAGCAAAAGCACCAACAGCGGCGGCUUUUCAUCAAAGCAAGCAGACCAACAUUCAGAAUCAUUUCGGGAGGAUCGCCAAAUCCAGCGGGCGGCCUAGCAAGUUCCUCGCUGGGAGGAAGAGAUAUUAUCAAGAAGACGACAAAGAAGAGGAGGACGAUAUUGGUGAUGGCGAUGAUGACCUCCAAAUUAUAAGCGAGACAACACGUAAGAUUCACCGCCAGUCCUACCUCAGAACCACGACGCGCAUGCAGCCGGCAACGGUACUUACUGUGCGGAGUCGAAGUCUGAGCGAGAGUAUCAAUGUCAGCAACAAGUAA